UGUUUUAGUUUUGAUUUGCUGAUGUGUAGGGUUUUUCGGGUAAAUUGGUAAAUUUAUCAAAAUACCAACGAAUAGAAACGCCGUGCAAAAAUUCCUUUACGCUAACGCUAAUUAGUGAGAAGAUAAAAGCCUUUUGGGCCAUUGAAAAACUUGUUUAUUGCGACUAAAGUGAUUCGAUUAGUGUUUGUUUGGCGUGUAAUUGUUGAAGGCAAGAAAUGAGUGAUUCUUCGAAGCACCAACAGCGUACGGGAGCUACUCCCAUCAAGAAUCCCUUGUUAAGUGCUUCUGUUACAGGUUUAACAUUUGACGAUUUUCCCAAUAAACCUCUGCUGCUGCCGGCAGCUCCUCCAAUUGUCCAUGUACCAUCACCGCCACCACCGGUCACACCCACAACAUUGCUUGGAAGAGAACAUAAAUCCCUGGUAACCGUUGGCUCCUCUUCUUUGGAUACCGAAAAUCUUGAUGAAAUCAAUUUGAAUGCUUCGGCGGAGGACAAUACGACAACCGCAACAAUCGAUACAAAUGCAAAUCCCCUAUUGGAGCAAACCAAUACAAAUGAUUCGAUAUUAAGUCAAGCGGCCUCAUCGUUCUCAGCUCUGCCUUCGGUGGCCUCCAAUGUGUUUUCAUCAUUUUCCAAGCGUAUAACAGCCAUAUCGAGUCGCGAGACUACACCAAGUGAUCCAGAUCCAAAUGGCAAUUUUGUGCCACAACCGGAUAUACAGCCCAUAUAUACACAGCAGCAACAGUAUCAGCAACCAUCACCAACACCACCAUCAAAUCUAGUGCCACAAGCAGCAACUAGUUUACCAUUUUAUGCUCCACCUCCCGCAGCCGCAUUAGGAGGUGAUUUUUAUUCGGGAAGUUCUGCUGUUCCAGAAGCUUCAUCUUUGCCUCCCACAGAACCACCAAAAUUCUAUAGCCCUGCCGAAGUCCCUUCUUUGCCACCUUCGACUGCUCCUGCAGUGCCUCCCCCUUCGGCAGGAGGACCAAAUAAUUUCCGUUUUACAGCCAAGAAAAAACUCUAUGCUCCCAUACCAGGCCUCUCGGAUCAACAGCAACAACAUUCGGCUGCACUAUUUCAACCACCACCGGCAUUAAGUGGCCCGGCGGCAUAUGACAAUAACGCCGCUGCUUAUCCCCCCAACGAUCCCUUCAGCCAACAGCCUUCGUAUUUCAACGAAGAGCGUAAAUCUGAAGAACGCAAAGCGGCAGGAGGAGGCUUAUUUUCAAAAAUCACCAAUCUUGCCCCCACUGGUGUUCUGCAAAAUAUAACGGGACUAGUGCAAUCGGCUGCGGGCUCUAUAACCCAAACCAUAAAACCUGAAACCCAGCCAAGUGGUUAUGAACAGCAACCAACAACAGGUGGCAACUUUGGCAUAGUCUUUGAUCAAGGGGUACCACCUCCACCACCGCCCGCUGCUAAUUAUUUUGCCCCAAACACUUUGGUAGAGCAACAGCAAGCAAAUUAUCCACCACCUCCACCGGCCACAGGUGAAAUAUUUCAAUCGAAUCCUAGUGCUGCCGGAUUUUUCCAGCCUCAAGAAGGCACUUUUGCUCAACCUCCCUUUUUACCUGCAACCGCUGUAGACUCGACAGCACAGGUAAAUUUUUUCAAUCCCUCUGCAGCACCAGCAAUAUUUGAUCCCUUUCAACAGAAUUCCCAGACAACAGACGCCUCUAGGCCGCCAAGACCUUCGUCAAGACCGGCCAACUCGUUUAGCGAAACAGUUCCUUUGGCCAUACCACCUUCGGUGGUUAGCAGUCGACCACCAUCACAGCCUGCAGUCUCUACCAGCAUAGUAGGACAAAAUACUCCUGCUACUAGUCAGACACCGGUAACUUUCUUUAACCCCUUGGAAGCGACAUCAGCACCAGUAAUAAAUCCAACACCACCUCCUCAAGUUGGAUUUUUUGAUCCUACGAAGUAUUUGCCAAAACUUCCUACAGCCCCAGGGCAACAAUUGUCACAAGAGGCCACAGCUACACCUCCAACCCAAAUAGGAUUUUUCGAUCCUUCAAAAUAUUUGCCCAACACCAAUCAGGAACCUCAAGCGGGAACUUCUUUGCCCCCAACAGGGGCAAGUGUUUCUGGUGUACCACCCCCAGGUGGACAGGUCUCAUCGUCAUAUCGCCUACAAAAAGGAACAAAGCUCUAUAAGAAUCCUUUAACAGCCCAGGAGACAGCUCCCGUGCAGGUUACACCAAAUUCAGUGUUUGGAGUGACCCCCACCCAAUUUCCACCAACAAAUUUUGGUGGAAGUCCCAACGUUUUCCAUCAAACACCUGCAGGACCACCACCUGCCGUUUACAAUCCUUUUGGGCAAGGCGCUGCUCCUUCGUUGACUCCAGUGGCAAAUAUUUUUGUGCCAAGUGCUGAACCGCAAAGUGUCGCACUAUUCGCUUCGCCCGCCACAGAAGUCGAAGAACAUAGACAUCAGGAAGUUCCUUUGUUUGCUGCGCCUACUCAAGAAAACACUAACACUCUUUUAAAAGCAGCCCCUGAAGAGAAAGAAAACCUAAGUGAAAGAGAGCAAGUAAAACUCGAACCUACCCCAAGUGCAAUUCCAGAGGUAGAAGAUAAACAGGAACCCCAAAUCCAAACCACUGAGGCAGUCAACCCACAAUAUUUCUUUAAACCCAUUGAGCCGGCAGCAGAGCAGGCACCCGCUGCUGAACUUUUACAACAAACGACCAACUUUUUUGGUAGUUCACAAGAAACUCAACAAUUCUUGCAGCCCAUAGAACCACUCCAAGAACCACCAAUCAAACAGGACGCAACUAAAACAAACGAAAAGGAAACUUUGAUAACAGCAAUACAAGAUUUAACUAUAGCCACUCCAACUGAACCGGCAACAGCACAACCGAAUUUACCCCCUCCCAAAGUGCCCAAGGGAGUGGUGGGCGAUAAUCCCUAUCGUAGAGGUUCCGCUGCUGAAGCGAACAAAACUGCUGCUGUUCAGCCAAGUCUGGCAAAUUUCUUUACACCCACAGCAGCUACAGGAACUGGUGAUUUUAGUUUCUUUUCCUCACUACCCUCAGCUCCUGAUUUUAGCGAUCUUCAAGGACAGUCAUCCAACGAGGCAGCCUCAAAUUUCUUAACCACACAAAGAACUGAGCAGCAACCACAAAAUCAAAAUUUAAAUUUCUUUAAUCCUUCUACAACUGCUGAAGAUACGAAACCCUUAGAGGAUAUAUCCAAACAAAAUCUCUCUACUACUUCAGAAAAUAUCUUUAAUCCCAAAGAAACUGAAGCUAAACCGCAAUUAUCAAAUUUCCCUAAAGAAGAUCACUCAAAUCAAACCCCUUAUCCCAUAGAUAAUAAACCUCAGGAUUUGGCAAAUCCUGCAUUUCCUCAAUUACCCACAAGUGUGGGCAUAAUACCAGCAGUUACAGAAAGCCCUGAGGAAAUACACAAACAUUCUGAAGAAGCAGCAAGCACCCAGCAAGCAACUCCCUCCAUAGGUUUCGAAGGUUUUCUACCACAGGCUGGCCAUAGCCAAUCAACACCCACGAAUUUCUUUGGCACUCUCUCAGGUGAAAACUCUGGCACGGAGCUAACAACACAACUGCCUUCAUCCAUACCUACACCUUUGCCAAGUGGCAAUCAUUCAACCGAUCUAUUUUCCCAAUUAUCCUCACCACAUAUAAACCAGUCACCCAGUGAGGAGCCACCAACAUCUGAGUUGUCUGCGCAUGUACCACCCCCUUUGGGUUUUGAGAAUUUUAUGCCAACAAGUGCUGCGACGAAGGAAUUAUUACCGAACACAACAUCGCAACCAGAGAGUUCAGCUCAAGAUUCACAACAACAACAACAACCACAGGCACCUAUAGUCAAUAACUUUUCCAAUUAUUUCAAUCAAACAGUAUCUCAAGAGACUGUUAAGGAUACUUCCUCAUUUUUUGAUAAUUUUUCUAACCAACAAUCACCAGCUAGGAGUGUUAAAAAUCCCCCCAUAUCGAGUGCCGCUCAGGCCUCCAACGAAGAUCAACGCAUACAAAAUUUCUUCAAUAAUCCCCCACCUAAAGACGCUGAUCACGUGGGAGAUCUAAACUACGAUUUGGUACACAGCGGUUUGGCUAUACGUAAUUUACAACAACGUUCCCUAACGCCGGUGUCAAAUUUAGUUGAACCACCCUCAUCGGCUUGUUCGGAAUUUUCCACCCUCAACGCCUCGGAGGCUUCGGUGGUAAAACAGGAGGAUACCAGCCGCCUUGAAGAAUCGAGCGCAGUAGCUGAGCAAUCACCUUUGAUCAAACAUUACGAAGAAUUACCUGAAGAGGUUCUUAAGGAUUUACGCAUGGCCAAUAUGUUGCAAGGCGAGAAGACAUCACCGGUGGCAAGCACUUCCUAUAAGCCAGCAGUGAAGCACUGGUUUUACAAGCGCACAGUUGAUGCCAAACAAGUCUGGGUACCCUUCAGUCAUUAUGAUUCGGCUUUAUUGGAAACCAGUCUUAUUAUGGAAGGAGAAGACAAACCUGAAAUCGUUGCCGUUGAAGGUGGCCGCUAUGAUGUUAACAUUAGUGAGCGUCUCAAACGCAGUGUCUACUGGGACAGUGAACCCAUAGAGGUGAGACGUUGCUCUUGGUUCUACAAGGCGGUCGAUUCCAAAUACAUACCCUAUGAGGAGAGUACAGCCGAUGUCUUGGAGGCCGAAUAUAAACAAGCCGCCGAAAGUGGUGUCUGGCAUAAGACAAUCAUUUUGGGCAUGGGAGAGCAGGUGGUGUUCCAUGGACCCACAGUCAUAGUGCAUUUUCAACAGCAACAGAACCAAGAUGCCUGGGGAGGAACCACAGUGAGUCAAACUACAACACGACCUCGUGUGGUCAAACGUGAUUUGGAAGAUUUCAAUAUAGCCCAAGGGGAAUCACAAAAAGUCGAUCAUUUAUUAUUCAUGGUACAUGGCAUUGGUUCAGCUUGUGAUCUGAAAAUGAGAUCCGUUGAGGAAGUUGUUGAAGAUUUCCGUUCCAUAGCCCAUCAGUUGGUACAGUCCCAUUAUAAAAACUCUGCCGACUUGGGACUGGUGGGUCGUGUGGAGGUUCUACCCAUUUCUUGGCAUAGUCAUUUGCAUUCCAUUGAAUUGGGCAUUGAUGAGAAGUUGCGUUCUAUUACUUUGGAAUCUAUACCCAAACUACGUAACUUCACCAAUGACACUUUGCUCGAUAUACUUUUCUACACCAGUCCCACAUUUGCUCAAAGAAUAAUGAAUACCAUAGUAGUGUCGUUGAAUGAAAUUUAUAUGAAAUAUCGCCAACGACAUCCUGAUUUUAAUGGUGGUGUCUCUUUGGCCGGCCAUAGCUUAGGUUCUCUUAUUCUCUUUGAUUUGUUGUGUCAUCAGUAUCCCAUUAAGGAAAGCGAAGAAAAGAAUCUCGAAAACCCAGAUCAAGAAUUUCUACCCACAGAAGCGGCAGGAACGGCAAACGCCGCCUCUUCAUCUACGACAAGAGAUAGCAAUAAAUCAGAAUCAACUCCUAUUAGCUAUACAAUGGGUCCAGCUGGAACUGGACAACCGUUUAUAAACUAUGGUCAAUUAAAAUUCCAGCCUAAGAAAUUUUUCGCCCUAGGAUCGCCCAUAGGCAUGUUUGUAACCAUACGCGGUAUUGACAAACUUGGCCUAGAUUUCCGUCUUCCUACAUGCCCUGGUUUCUACAACAUCUUCCAUCCCUAUGAUCCGGUGGCCUAUCGCAUUGAAGCCUUGGUUAAUCCCGAUUUGAGUAGUGCUCGUCCUGUGCUCAUACCACAUCACAAAGGUCGAAAACGCAUGCAUUUGGAGUUAAAAGAGACCAUGGCCCGUGUUAGUACCGACAUAAAGCAACGCUUUUUGGAUAAAUUUAAACUUACCUUUGAUACUGUGAACUUUUUUGGUCAAAUGACCAAAUCCAAAAAGGAGACGGAGGAGUUGAUGGAGAAAGAAGUUGAAAAGGUUAUAGAAAUGCAAAUGCAAAUGGAACGACAAGGCAAUCAGCAAACACAAUCACCAGACCAACAAGCAACAGUCUCACCCAACGAAGAGCAGAAACAUCAAUUGACGCCACCAACCAGCGCUAACCAAUCAAUUCGCACUCGCACAGAUUCUGUAUCGACGGCAGUCUCAGAUGAUAUGAUGGAGGUGGACUUCCCAUUGGGUAAACUCAACGAUUCAAAGCGUAUUGACUUUGUUUUGCAGGAGGCACCAUUGGAAUUCAUUAAUGAAUACAUAUUUGCAUUAAGCAGUCAUGUGUGCUAUUGGGAUUCUGAGGACACCAUACUUUUCGUAAUGAAGGAAAUUUAUUCUGGACUUGGCAUAAGCCCCGACAGCCAAGUGCCCCAGCAAACGAUGACAAUUGAACGACCUAGUUCCCGUAAUAGUAGCUUAUCGAUAUCAUAGAUUAAACAUCUAAUUUUCUAAGUGUAUUUUAAUUUUCUUUUAUUUGUAUUGUCUUAAUGUUGUUAUUAAUGUUGACUCUUAUUUUCUUUGCUAUAACGAAACUGAAAACAAAAAAUAUUAUUGCUGCUAUUGUAGAGAAAUUUAAAAUUUUACCCAAAAAAAGGUGAUCCAAAGGUCUAAAGAAUCAUUAAAUUUCUCCAAAAAAAAAAAA